AUGAUUACAAUAGAAGAGCUUAUUUCACAAUUUAAAGCUGAGAGGUUUCUUAACUCGGAUCCACAAACAAAAACGUUGGCGAUCCUUGGAUCGAUAGGGGAUGAGCAUGCAAUCGUAACCAUUGAGAAAUCGGCCUUUGGUUUCGUCGAUGUAUCAACCUUCAAACUCGAAAAGGUGGUUGAGACAAUUAAGCUCAUAAACAAUAAUGAUAUAUACUACUGGUCACAAGCUAACUUGUCCCAAAAUAUAGAUGUGAACCCUGGCGCUAAAGUGAACGUCAUUUAUCCAGCAACUGAGACUCAUAUCAAAAAGUAUAGUGACCAGGUGUUUCAUUACAUCACAGAGACCCCAGAGGUCUACAAUGGAAAGGUGAAGGCAUACAUUGAAACUCAGAAGGGUGAUCGCAUCAAGUGGGUACACAACAUCUUGUAUCAUGGUAAAGAAUCAGAAACAUUUGUUCAUCACGAUAAAGAUCCACAGAAUGGGUUUGUUCUACUUCCAGAUAUGAAAUGGGAUCAUGUCACCAUGAAUGCUUUAUAUUUGGUUGUUAUUGUUAACAGGACAGAUAUUGCCAGCGUCAGGGAUUUGAAUGGCUCUCAUAUUACAUUUUUGGAGAACUUACAAGAGACUGUAAAGUCCAUCACCAGCUCGAAAUUCCCAGUUCCUCGUGACCAACUACGUGUGUUUAUUCAUUACCAGCCUUCCUACUAUCAUUUCCAUAUCCAUGUUGUUAGUACGUCUCAUGCGGGGUUGGGUAACGGAAUCAACGUUGGAAAAGCCAUUUUGCUUGACGAUGUCAUUGAGAAUAUAAAAAUUGCUCCCGAUUAUUACCAAAAACGUACUUUAUACUAUACCUUGGGUGAGAAUCAUGACUUGUGGAAGGUCCUUAAUGAGUAA